AAAUACGCGAGAAGCAAAUUCGGAAGAUAAGCCCUAGCACCACCUAGUCGGAAAACGCCCUAACCCUAGAUUAAAAAUCUCAGGCCUCAGAAAUCGUAUCGCAUCGAAUCGAAUCGUUUUACUGCAGCCAUGGCGGUAGAGACAGCAAACCAACCAAGCAAGCUCCGAUGGGGAGAGCUGGAUGAGGACGACGGAGAGGACCUUGACUUCCUUUUGCCCCCAAAGCAGGUCAUUGGCCCCGAUGACAACGGGAUUAAGAAGCUUAUCGAGUACAAGUUCAACGACGAAGGCAACAAAAUCAAGAUCACCACCACCACUCGCAUCCGCAAACUAGCUAACGCACGCCUCAGCAAGCGGGCCGUCGAGCGCCGCUCCUGGCCCAAGUUCGGCGAUGCUGUCCAUGAAGAUGUCGGUAGCCACCUUACCAUGGUCUCCACUGAAGAAAUUAUCCUUGAACGCCCUAGAGCCCCUGGCACUAAACAGGAGGAAGUAAAGGUUGUUGGAGACUCAGGUCAAAUUGGUAAACCAGGAGCUGUUCUCAUGGUCUGCAGGACCUGUGGAAAGAAGGGUGAUCACUGGACUUCAAAGUGUCCUUACAAGGACCUUGCUCCCCCAAGUGAGGGUUUUGUGGAUAAGCCAGCUUCUGAGGCCACCACUGCAGCAGCUAAUUCUACAAAAGGAGCAUAUGUGCCACCUAGCAUGAGGGCAGGUGCAGAGAGAUCUGGAACUGAAAUGAGACGCAGAAAUGAAGAAAACUCUGUCAGGGUGACUAACCUUUCGGAGGAUACAAGGGAGCCUGACUUGCUUGAACUAUUCCGCCCUUUUGGUCCUGUAAGCCGAGUUUACGUUGCUGUUGAUCAGAAGACUGGCAUAAGCAGAGGUUUUGGUUUUGUUAAUUUCGUGAAUAGGGAAGAUGCUGAGAGAGCCAUCAACAAACUUAAUGGCUAUGGUUAUGAUAAUUUAAUCCUGAGAGUUGAAUGGGCUGCACCUAGGUCAAAUUAGAUCUUCCUUCUCUGGAGAUGUUCAUCAGUUCCAUUGGCAUUAUUAUAGAAGUUUUGUUACUUGUUGCCUACUAGAGAUGUUGUACUGAACAUGGUUAAUUGAUGUUGUUUUUGUUUGGUUUGUCGGGAAUCAACUGAGAAAGUUUUCUUUUGCAUGGUGGAAAUUGAGCCAAUAGUCUAUUCCCUCGCUCUAUUCCUAGUGAUUAGGGGUCAUUUGGGAUUUGGUAUAUAAUAUGAAAGCAUUUUGGUCUGGAA